AUGACGAAGAGAAUCCUCGACAAUUCUGCAUUUGCUACUUCCAACGGAGCCAUUGAUUCAGUGGAUAUCCCUCUUACUAGCUCAGUUGAUGUAGAGAUUACAGGUAGAGAGCCGCAGCCUUUGCGCCAUGUCGAAUCCCAUGAACAUCCUUCAGCAGGCUUCUUGGGACCUACAAGCUUUCUGGACCCCUUCAAUGAAGGUGUACAUAGUAUCGAAGUCCUACGGAACAGUAGUAACGCAAAUGUCCGUGGUGGUACCCAGUCGGAAAGAGCACCCAGAAAAGACUCGCUGCAAAUUCAAGAGGGCGCCGAUGUCCUCAAGUUGCUGCUGUCGAUUCCGCUACACAAAGAAGGCCUUGACGGCUGGUACGAGAAGCGAGGCUACUUAGCUGUUGUACCAUAUGUGUACCAAUGUAUCGAAUCAAUCCAAAUCCAAACCCUGAAUGGGUCACCUGAUAGACUUCUGGACCUGUCGUACAAGAUUGCGCUUCGGACAGCCAAGCCUUCUGCGUUCAAGAUGGACCAGUCUCUUCAAGAUGCCGCGAAGUCAUUGUUCGGGGGCGACCUGUGUUGGGAGGUUAUAGGAUUGAUUCUAAACACAGCUGGUCGGGGUGCCCUAGUUUCAGAUGCGUCAAAUCUUGAUACACUCACAUACCCAGUCUUCUCUGAUUGGAGGCAACUCUCGCGUACCUAUCUACAUGCAAGCUCUAAAUGUGUUCAUUUUUGCAGCGAAUAUGGUCACCUCAAUGAUCUAGGCUUUCACCUGAUGCUCGCUGAUGGUGUACUGCAUUCUCUCGUUUAUGGCGACGCGGAUUAUAUGUGCUGGCGCAAAAUGGGAGAUGUCACAGCUGCAAUAUCUGCGCUUGGUCUUCACCAAGACUCCGAAGCUUCUGCUACCCUUCCUUUCUUUCAUCGUGAAAUACGACGAAGAGCAUUCUGGGAGGCAUACACCAUGGUCAUAGACCUUGCGACUUUCCUAGGCCGGCCCCCGCUACUGAAUGGCAAGUACUGCUCGAUCGCGUUACCAUUGGAUAUUCAAGAAGAAGUUCUGUCAUACCCGGAUGACAAGCUCCAAGUGGCAUUAGCUUCAAUUGAUGAAAAUGGUUGGAACAACGAAGACAUCAUCACUAGAUGGACGUGGCUGCGGGCUUACGCAAUAUGCCUUCGUAUACGCGAAGACAUCUUAGAGUUGUCUCUUGGUAUUGAUAGUGAUAACAUACAAGGAAGAGCGCAAGCAAUCUCCGAUCGACAACAGAAGGCUCUUCGGGAGGAACUUCCUCCAAAGCUACAAAAGAAACCUUCAUCCUGGAUCCAGAGAAAAGGCGCAGCUUACAACUUCUUCCUCUUGAUGAAAUUUAUUGUUUUUGAAUGCAAUGAUUUCAUCCUCCAACGCGCAUUGGUCAAGCGAACACAGGCGGUCUCAAGCAACCUCUUGCAAGCCGCUCAUACUCUACUAACGACGCUAUGCAUAGUAUUCGGCAAUCGACAUCGCCUUGGGGCUUACAACGUAGAUCUUCCUACGCUAAUUGCGGAGCACGGUAUCCCCACAGCUGCAGUGCUUGCCCUCGAGCUACUCAGACAUAGUAGCAGUGGUCCCCAUCAAGCCGACCCUAACUUCCCUCGCCUACAGAUCAUUAAAGAUCUGAGCGUCUUUGUGUCUGAUGUGAGCUACAUAAUGCGACCUGCACACGGAAACUACGAAACAUGUACCCAGGCGCGCAAGACGUUGCAGACAAUCUUGGAUACAGUAAUCUCGGGAGCGAUCGAGAGUGGUGACCAAGCUGUGAACACUGGAUUGGGAAACGAAGAGGCUGAUGAUAAUGGUGACGCCCCUAUCAACUUCAACGAGCAGGACUGGCUCAACAAUCCUUUCGAUAUGGACUUCUGGACGAAUUUGGAAGACCAUCCGCUACUUGUAUAA